AUGCUGGUGGUGACUUCUCCGGCCCUGGCCGUGCAGGCAUGCCAGACCUAUGAUCUCCCGAAACCAGAUGUUCUCCAGCCGUUUAUCAAUCCGAUGGCGGGAGGUUCGGACAACCUGUUCGUUUCUAAUGGUGCCCACUGGAAGCAGGCCCGCGAACUGUUCAAUCAUGGCUUCAGCAUGGCCGCCGCCAUGAGUCACAUGACUUAUAUUCUGGAGGAGGCACAAGUGUUUGUCCAGAUGCUUAAAGAUCACGCUCGCAAGGGGGACACGUUUUCCCUUGAUGCGCUGACUUGCCGCUAUGUCAUGGAUAUUAUUGGGAAUGUCGCAUUGAACACGCGCUUCCGAUUUCAGGAGCAACACAAUCCGAUUGCAGCGGCAAUGCGAGAUACAAUUGAGUUGGAAUGUGGAAUUGAGACAUCUAACUUCUUAAGCCGGUGGAAUCCGCGUCGACUCUACCGACAGUGGCAGAAUGGACGCACCAUGGACUACCUCAUCGGCGUCGAGCUCGACAAGCGCUACAAGGAGUGGAGGGAAACCGCCAAGUCCUCAAGCCACCCUCGGACCCAGUCCAUUAUGGAUAUGGUAAUUGCAGAGUAUAUGAAAACUCGACCGCAAGCGCAGCAGCAACAAGAGCUGGAUCCGGAAUUCAAACGCUGGGCGACCAUUCAAAUCCGUUUGUUCCUGUUCGUCGGUCACGAUUCCGAAGCCACCACUAUCAUCUAUUCAUUGUAUCUCCUCUCCAAGAAUCCCGGGGUCCUCAUCAAAGUACGCGCGGAACAUGACAGGGUCUUUGGCGCUGGUGUAUCCAGCGCAUACGACGUGCUCACGGAUCACCCAGAGAAGAUCAAUCAAUUGUCCUACACACAUGCUGUUAUCAAGGAGACUCUCCGACUCUUCCCCCCAGCCAACGGGCUCCGCGGCGGCCUCCCGGGCGUUUCUCUCCGUGAUGAACAGGGCCGAAUAUUCCCUACCGAAGGGUGUGCAAUUUGGAUUGUGCACACAGCUGUUCACCGGAACCCGUCGUCCUGGCCACAGCCGCACGCGUUCAUCCCGGAUCGUUGGCUGGUGGAACCUGGUCAUCCUUUGUAUCCCCCGGCGGGCGGAUGGCGACCCUUCGAGCAAGGCCCCCGCAACUGCAUUGGCCAGAAUAUCUCUCUCCUAGGCAUUAAAGCCUCGCUGGCUAUGCUUGUGCGCCAAUUCGACUUCCACGACGCGUAUGCUGAAUAUGACCGCUUGCAUCCAUCGACAGGCCUCAAGACAAUGUUCGGGGAACGUGCCUAUAUGAUUCAGAAGGGUGCGGGUCAUCCAGCUCAGGGCUUCCCUUGUAAAGUUACUCUACGUUGA